AUGCUCUUCUCCGUCGUUCCCCUCGCUCUCCUCGCCGCCGUUGGCGCCGCUGCCGACGUCGCCAAGCGCCAGGAAGGCCCCCUCUCCAACCCCAUCCAGCCCACCGCUGGCAACGGCCAGCCCGUCGUCCCUGGCUCCCCCGCUGCGGGCGUUCCCGGAGCACCUGGCGCCUCCGGCUCCGCUCCUGGCGCUGCCGCUACCCCCACUGUGCCCGUCGUCCCCGGCGCCAGCUCCGGCUCUGGCUCGCCCGCCGCCACCGUUAGCGUCAGCCCGUCAACGGGCCCUAGCGUUGCCACCAGCGCCGCCAGCCCUAACUCCAGCUCCCGAGCCUCCGAUGUCUCCUCCGACGCCUCAACCGGCACCUCGUCGCCCGCCAGCACCGCUACCCGCUCCACUUCCUCCACCAGGACCUCGUCCUCGUCGUCCGCCUCCAACCCGGCCUCGAUGCCCACCGCCUUUGCCAACAACGCCGUCGUCGGUGUCGUUGCCUUGGCUGGCCUUGCCCUUGCCAUGUAA